AUGUCGAAACUGGCCGACCGUCUACAUCGUAUGGCUUCUUUCGGCGGCCUCUUCACAUUUUGUACGUUCUCUUACUUGUCCGAUGAAAUUAACUUGCCAAGGGAACUGCACCUUCAUUUGCCUCUUUUCGUUGCGGGCAUUGUCGUCGUCGUCGUUGCAAAUCUUACCAAAGUUACUAAACAAGCAAACCAGGUAAUCAAGCUGCGCUAUCUCGACGGAGUCCCACGUCUCAGAUCUAUCCGAACCCCUAUUGAACGUCCCCACGGCUCGCCCUUGCGGCAUGCGCGGAGCAGGCGUAUAAUAAAAGACACCGGCCCAUUAUUCCGGGAUUUGCGUCGUCCGUAA